GGCAAGGUUGUACGCUUAGGUCUUGUGUAGGAGAGCGUGUACGUCAUCAUUCAUUAGUGGUUCGGUAGUGACUAAGAAGCAGCCUAAAGGACGUUGAAAGCAGCAAGAUGACUGAUUGGGUUGGAUAUGGAUAUGCAGCCCUCAUUGCAUCCGGGGGAGCGAUGGGCUAUGUCAAAGCACGCAGUGUUCCAUCAUUGGCAGCUGGCCUUCUCUUCGGGGGCUUAGCAGGGGUUGGUGCCUACCAGAUAUCGCAAGAUCCCCAAAAUAUUUGGGUGUCUCUUGUCACGUCAGGAGCCCUGGCAGGCGUAAUGGGGAAGAGAUUCUACAGCUCUAGGAAAGUAAUGCCUGCUGGUUUGAUGGCAGCUUUAAGCAUCCUUAUGGUGGGCAAGCUUGGAGUUGGAGUGCUGCUGCAGAAGCCUCAUGAGUCAUAAUGAGUCAAACUGACAUGAAGACUUUACACACUGACGUAAAAAUCACUGUUACCCCUUUCUUUUCUCUUAUUGCAACCUGUCACCAUUUAAACACGUAGAUGUUAUUUUGUAAAAAUGUAUAAUAAAACAUUGAUUCUAAUA